AUGGACCCGCAUGUCAAGUCUAUCAAUACUGAUAAGCGAUCAAACAAACGCAUUAAGUUCGCUUCGGCAAAGCAGCGUGCCAAAAGAGCAUCUGCUGAUGUCUAUCGAUCGUAUAAGCGAAAGCUGGGAGCAACCAGCGCUGCCACGAGGGAAGAAUUUGUUCACAAUAUUCAAGGAACGAGCCAAGCAAAGAAACGCCAUCGCACGCGACAUGCCCCUCUUGAAGAUUCCAAUCGAAGUGCUAUCGUGAAACUCGCCUACACAGACGACGAUGCUGGCGACGAGCCAGAAAUUGAGCUUGACGUAUCUUCCACCUUUGCCGAGGAAUUGGACGUUGCUAUUGAUCGAAAUGCUUCCGAAGUGUUUGGAAAAUUCCAUCGAGCGGUGUGGAAACUUGUCCGAUCCCUGCCAGAAGUGCUACACAACUCGCAGAAGAUUGUCGAAAUCCUUUUGUCGUACAUGCUAUCGCCAGCCUCCCUCCCGGAGAGACCAUGUCAAAUGUCGGACUGGCAGAACCAAUCGUUGAGGAAAGAGUUUGUGAUCAAUCAUGCCACGACAGAUAUUCUGCACCUCCUUUCUGUGUUGGCUCGAGAUCUUCGACAUGAGAUCCACCCGUUUUUGCAUGAACAAAUUUUGCCUCGAAUCAUCUACGACUUGCUGAAUCCACCUCCUCCACCGCCAGACUCUGGAAAACAGCCGAUUCCUCUAGAUGUGACGAUUGUAGAAGCCGGCUUCCGUACAAUAGGGUACAUUCUGCGUUACGACUCUGAAGUUAUGAAGGACGACCUCGAAUCUAUGAGAAAAUACUAUGGUGCAACCAUUGCGAAUCGCAGAGAGAUCAUCCGGAGACUGGCCACCGAGACGUUUGCUCCACUUAUUCGAAAAAUCAAGAGCAAAAGCUCGCGUCAGAAGCAUUUGAAACGAGUUCUGAAAGCUCUGGCGUCCGCAGAGCGGCAACCGCUCACCCACCAGUUGAAAAGAACGCAAUCAGAUGCAGUAGACGGCAUUUCUAUGUUGGCCUUUCAGGUGACCAAAGGUGUGCCUGGGAGAUUGCACUCCAAGGGCUUCCAAACCCUAAAAUACGUAUUCAAUUUGGGCACUAGCGAUGGGACUAACGGGAGGCUCGUGCUUUCGGUUCUAUCCACGUUGCUGGAGCGACUUUGCCAUCAGAUGAAUCAAGAAACGAUAUCAAUGAUCACUCAGGAGUUGAUUGGAUUGGUGAAGAGAUCAAUCACAUUAUAUUUGAGUGACAACGAAAAUGGUGAAAGGUAUAGUUUUACACCAGUGCUGAAUUCUGUGAAACUUUUGGAACAGACGGCAAGUUUUCGAUCUGGAAACAGUCUGAAGGGGCAACAGAAAGAAGUUCGAAGCGAUCUUUUUGAUUCCCUUGAGAGCCUCUGCAGGGCGCAAUUAUUCCGUAGUCUGGAUGCUGAUGUGAAAUGCGAGUUUGUACGACGGUUUUGUCCACCGCUGAAAGUUCUCCAGUCACAUCCCGAAACAGCUUCUUGGCUUCGGAAAUUUCUCUCCGAGCUACUAAAGCAUGAUUCUUCAGAUAGCCGGGAAAAUGCAAGUCUUGUCUGCUCAAUGGCUGACAUUUUGUCUAAGGAUCUGAUGUCCGAAGUUGUUGAACAAAGCGUCUUCAGCGCAGUUGCUCAAGCACUUUUGCAGGCAGCGGCAGCGGUCUCUGCUCAUCACCCUGAUUCUGCACUGUUGAUCACAUUUUCGGUCGCUUCCAGAGGAAUGGCUGCAAACGAGAACGAGGACGCUGAUUCUAUCAGUGGAGGUAGUACUUGCGUAGAGGCUCAGUUGUUCGCAAAGGGAGGUGACUGGUGCACUGUUGCAUCUUCUGAGAAACAAAAGCUAGUCUCAAACAGUCUUGUGGAGCUCCAAGGCGAAAAGUUGUCUCGUGAACUAGUAGCCAGGUUGGUCAUGGCCCUGCGUUGCAUACCAUUCGUAACCCUCAUUUCUCUUGAGAAUGAAGAAUCCGACGUACAAAAGAAGCAUUUCAAGCGUGCUUCGAACUGGUUGCUCGAAACUUUGGAUUGUUUGGAAAAAACAUCUGUAAAUGAGGGCCUCGAGAGAGUUGUCACAAUCGCCAAAUCGAUUGCACUAGAAUCCUUGACGCACCUCGCGCUCGGUUUUUGGCAGAUAUCUCCAGCAGUGGAAAAGGCGGUACUUCGGGCAAAACCAAUCGCAGAAAGGCUUUUAUCCGAACAGAGUGGAUCCAUGUGGGCGAUUAGGGGCGUUGCAGUCUAUGCAAGAGCGCUUUCGAAGACCGACAAGUGUCUAAAAAAUGAUCUCGAUAAGACAUUCGAUGCGCUUGUCCCAAAUCUUCGGAGUCAAAGCCAUUCCCUUCGGCUUCACACUCUGGAGAUUCUGAACACAUUUCCAGAGAAACACUUUGUAACAGAUCACAGCGACCUCGAUCUUACCGGUGACUUGGAUGAAGAUCCAGGAUUCCAACAUGCCGCUGCUUCUGCCAAGAGUGGACCAAGUGGGCCUUGUGACAUUUUGAAAACCAUGUGCCGCUUGGAGAAAAUCCCCAUUAUAUUGGCAAACGAAAGAGCAAUUUCUGCUUUGAUCUCACGAAUUGAGGUCCUUGGUCGCUCUGGAAAGCUUCCAGUUGUUUAUGCUGAGGCUGUUUCGAACUAUAUGAUUGGGUCCUUCUACGUCAAGUUUGCCCCUGUAUGGCCCGAAGCGACAAGGUGUUUGACAUCUCUUUUGAAAGGGCACGAGAAAAAUUGCUGGCCAGCACUUGAAGCAAAGCUACGAACGUCCAUGGAAAGAUCGCCACAACGAGAUGACAACGACCAAGAUGAUCAUAUCUCAAGAAGUCUUUUCUCUUUUGAUGGGCAUUUAUACAAUUGCGAAGAGUGGCAAUCAUCCAACGGUACAAACGUUUCUAUCUUUGGAAAUUCGGAUUCAAUUGAAGAUCUUGGCACUGCCCGCCACCAAAUUACAGAUGAGGAUACUGCAACAGAAAACAUCUGGGGAGUUGCUGCUGAAAGCCAACAUCUAGUAGGGAAAAACUCUCGCGUCAUUAUCCCUGUUUUCCUGGCAUUCCUACACAACCAGUAUUUUGGAUUUCACAUCAAUGAUCCUGACGCCCGCGAGCUUGAAUUGAAGGAGCAUGUGCCAUCGGAUGACUUUAUGACAUACAGCAAGAUUGACAAGGGAAUAGUUUAUAGGCGACUGUUAUGCUUUCUGAAAGUAUUUGCAGUACUUGAUGGUCCCAAACAACUUGUGCAUCAUCAACUGCUGGAACGGAUUUUCCGCUGCUUCUUGAAUCAUCAAGAUGAAACUGUGGCACGGUUGGCUCUUACUGCUUUGUCGAAAUACAAGGUGCCGUACUUGGUGCCAUAUCAAAGCUUUUUCUUCGAUGUAUUGAAGAAGGGGCAACUCAAGGACUCGCUACUAGAUUUUGCGGAAAAAUACAAAGAGGGCAAAGUAGUCAAGUCUCAUAGAGCGCAGCUGAUGCCAUUGUUGGUGAGACUAUUGUUUGGGAGACUUUCUCCGAAAGGGAAGAAGUCUUCAAAAGAUACACCGGCAUCGAGGCGAACGGCUGUUCUUUCCUUUCUCUCCGUUUUGUGUGAAGGCGAGGAAGAUGUUUUUAAUUUCGUCUUUAUGAUGACGCGAAGCUUUAUACCACGAAAUGAAAAGCUAGUGGCAAUGGAACAAAUCACCCCCGAAGAUCGUGAGAAUAUUAUGGGUGUGCUGAUGUCCAUUAGGCCACAGGAUUUGGUAACUCUUCCAAGUGGUGUGAUUGAAGGUUUUCUGCAUUUGCUCGAGACUGUCCUCACCCAGCUAGGGCACAGAAUCAGUUCUUACGUCCCGCAAUUUGCUUCCAUUGUCUUGGCGCUAUGCAAAAUGGCAGGGGAUGGAAGACAGAAGGGCGAAGAGAACGGAAAGGAAGAAGAAGCGAUGAGCUCCAUGGCUAGCCAUACUCCACAUAUCAAUCGAUAUAGUUCGAUUCGAAGUCUUGGAUGCAAACGUCUUUCUGAGAUUUACGGACGCUUUGGAGACAUGAUUGAAGUCCAAAAGUUUGGCCCACUCACGUGGGAAGCAUUGAAUCGUUCCGUGUACCUGCUGCCCGAGAUGACAGUCAAGACUGAAAAGGCUCCUGCAAUACUGGAGCUUCUGGAAGUUAUGUCCAGCGACUGUCGAACAAUAGAAAUGCUUGCGAUGCACGAGGCAGCUGUUGAAUCAGUGGUCAAAUGCAUAGCGGAAACGAGCAUGUUUUCCGUGAUGAAUUCAGCUUUGUCAAUAGUUGAAAAUCUUCUGACUGUAGACGAACCAUCUUCUGGCGCAAAAGAAAGCACCGGCAUUCGAUUAAUUCGAAAAUUCGUCCCUCUUUUGAUGGAGUGUUUUACUGCUCGCCUGGAACGAGGUGGAGGGCAGCUUGCCGAGUCAAAACCUGAACGAGGAAAAUAUAAGAGUAAGGGUGGCAAUCGGCAAAACACAUGGAAAAGGGAACUGGAGAUCCUCUGUCGUGUCAGCGAACUCCUUUCUAAUGACGAUGGAUGUCUCAAGGAUAGAUCGUCAAUUCUGGCAACUCUAUUUUCUCUCCUUCUCCCGUACUUGGAACCAGAUCGCAUGACUACUGAUGACGACAAGAUGAAUAUCAUUGGCAUUCUGAAGAGUACUGUACUGCAACUCGACCAAGAAUCUAUGGCCGAAAUAUACUCUUCCAUCUCAAAAAUCCUUUCACCUUCAAAAGGAAAGGCUGGUAUACGAUCGUUGACUGUGCGACAUGCAAUUGCUGAGCUUGUUGGUGCCAUUGCUGUCAUGGAUGAACAAUAUCGAGAAGUUGCAGACUCACUUCUGAAAUUAACAGCAGUGAAUUCAAAACGAGUGGACGAAAUGGACUUUGAUGUUGUUAUUCCCGAACUCAAUAAAUUGAGCCAACCUGAUGCACACAAAGCCUGGCUAAGUUCUUGUGGUGGAAAUGACCCUUCGCCACCAAUUUUGAACCCACUGAUUGCAAUGUGUUUCCAUUUUCUUCACAAUGAAGAUGGUGUGGUCCUCCGUGUUUCUCAUAGUGCAUUGAAGAUGUUGAUUGAUCUCGCUGCAAGAAUGGCGAAAAGGAAUGACGAAGUCCUUUGGACGAAACUAGUUGAAUCGUCAAUCAUGCCAUUUACUAGGGCGGGGCUACAAUCAAGAGAUGCAUCAGUACGACGGUACUAUAUCUUACUUGUGAAAGGGAUUGCAGCUUCCUUCAAGGACUUCUCUUCAGCCAACCUUUGCGGAGAUCUUCAUGUUUUGGUGAAUGAUGAAAAUCCUGAUCUUGAUUUCUUUAUGAAUAUUACACAUGUUCAAAUCCACCGUCGUGCUCGUGGUUUUCAGCGUCUCCGAAGUAGUCUGAAUGAUCCCAGCAUCAGCGAACGACUGUCUCUGCAAUCGGUCUCGAACAUUCUGCUUCCCAUUACUCUUCACCCGCUAUACGAAUGCAACACUAGGGCAGACGAAACGUUUGCACUUGAGGCUAUCGCGACCGUCGGUUCAAUUUCAAGGCUUCUCUCCUGGAGUAAAUACAACAAUAUGCUAUGGGCAAUGUUGACACACUUUGACAGAUAUCCCGAGCAGGAGCGUUAUUUGAUUGGAGCAAUUUGUGCUACCAUCGACAGCUUUCAUUUCGACCUGACGACUGAAAAGAAAGACGAAGAUACGGAUAUGGCAAUCGAUGGAGAUGAUCAGGAGCAAAAGACGGCGGUUUGGCGAUCAUUGGAGCGACGCAUGAUACCAAAAAUCGAAGGUCUCUUGAUGAAGGAGAAGGUUGAUAGGAGUGGUACUCGAACCAAGACCAUCAGACCCCCAAUUACUCUGGCGUUGCUGAAGCUCUUUCAGAAAUUCCCUGCGAGCUUCUUCGAAGCAAAGCUACCACAUUUACUCUCGGUAAUUUGCGAUGCGUUGAGAAACAAGGAUUCUGACGCACGUGACAUUGCCCGAAAAAACAUGGCAAAGAUUGUUGUGUCAAUGGAUUUGAAGUACCUUGCUGACGUCAUUCGGGAGAUCUCAAUUACAUUGAAUGAAGGUUACAAGCUUCACGUUCGUGCAGCUGUACUCCACACGAUUCUGCAGGAGCUUUCGGCAUUGUACAAACCUCCGUUGGAGGGCGAAACUUCGCCGCUGUACUUCGACCAAUCUAUUGGAGGGCAAAUGGAACUAAUUCAAGAAGAUCUGUUCGGUGAAGCAAACGAACGAAGAGAAUCGAAAGAGACAAACGUCCGAUAUGUCAAGGAAGCUGGAGGUUCGAAGAGUAUUGAUUCUGUUGAACUGAUCUGCCGUUUAUUGAAAUUCAGGCCAUCAGAUGUCGCAACAAAUGGACGAAAUGGAUCAUCUAUUCACUGUGUUGUCUCGCCACUACUGGAAAGACUGCGCCAACCAGAUGUCGAUAUAUAUACAAUCCGAAAAAUCAGGCAACUUCUCACUCGUGUAGUUGUCGGCCUUUCGCACAACCCCUCAGUUGAUGCCGAACAACUUUUUCCAUUUGUGUAUGCGACUGUUGAGCCAUUCGUCGGGCAGCAGACAAUUGCUGCUGCUCAGAAGAGCGAAGAAAGUGACGAUGAAGACAUGGAUGACGCGAUGAAACCAAUAAAGGUCAGUGGAUCGCGAGAGCUGAAAGAGCAAAAGAAAGAGAAGAAGGCUGGCAAGGUCGAACUUUGGCGUCCAUCUACACUGAAGAUGGUUGGGUCCGCAAAGGAUGCACAAGAGCAAAAGCUAGAAGAGAAGCGUACUCUUCGCAAAGUGAAAGAUGGGGCAAGCGCACCAAAGCUGACAGGUAGCGGGCGGCACCAACUGUCCAACACUGCUUCACAUAAUGGACUGAACGAUCCCGCAAGCAUCACAGCUGUUAUAUUUGGUCUAAACCUGCUGAACAGCUGCCUCAAGAAGCUGAACUUGGACCAUGAGUCGAUGCCGUCACGAAUGGACCCAUUUGUACCAUUGCUGACUGCAUGCGUCUGCUUCUCCCGAGAGAGCGAUGUUGCCUUGGUUGGAUUGAAGUGUCUGAUGUCACUUCUUCGCUUCGAUCUUCCAUCCAUUUCCUCCUGUUCGGAGAAUCUUGGGACACAAGCCUUGGAAUUUUUGAACUCAUCGGGAUCAUCAUUGAACCAGAACUCUGACUUGACUCAAGCUUGCUUUCGAACACUCACCUAUCUAAUCAAGUCUGGUAGCACAACUGAGAGUGGUGAAAGUGGAAAGAGAGAUAUUCUGCUUGAAGGAGAGGAAGCUUUGGCAAAGAAUGGUCGAAUGCCAUUGAAUUCAGACCAAAUGAAAGUUCUAAUUUCGACUCUACAAUUGAGUGUUACUGAUUCCGAUCAACAUAAUCCAGCACUUGGUUUGAUCAAGGCCAUCUUGGCCCGACGUUACAUCUCAUCCGAGCUGUACGAUCUUAUGGAAGUCAUGCUCAAGCUUGUGGUUCGUAGUCACACAUCGGCAUUGAGACAGCAAAGCUCUACCAUCUUUUUGCGGUAUCUUCUUGACUAUCCAAUGGGGGAACAACGAUUUGAGAAACAUCUUACACAGAUUGUUGCCAAUACCAAGUACGAAUACCAAGAUGGAAGACUUUCUGCCAUCCAACUCAUGACUGCUGUCGUUGAGAAGCUCCCCGACGAGCUUCUUUCCAAGCACACCCAAUCGAUCUUUAUUCCACUUGUGUUGCAAAUGGUCAAUGACGAAUCCGACAAAUGUCACGAUGGCCUUGUCAAAUGUCUGGAGAUUCUGUUCACACGAUCGUCUAGGGAGAUUCUUCAAGUGAUCCAUGUUUACAUGGACCGAUGGGCCGAACAACCUGGUGCCCUACGAUCUGCCUCCGUCGAAGUUCUUGGCAUUUUGGUCGACGCAAGGAGCGAUUUCAUCCAGCAAAAGAAUCUCCUCCCCAAAUUGGUCGAAAGCUUGCACUCGUAUUUGGAAGAAAGCAAUUCCGACUGGCAAGUCUCCAACUCUUCCAUUCUAUGUGUUGAAAAGCUCUCCAAGAAAUUCGAUGUCGAGGUUUCCAAGGCGCACAAGGUGUGGAAGUGCAUUGUGGAAUCCUUGGUGAACGACCAUCCAUCGGUCCGGCUGUCCUCCUGUCGUGUGUUGCAUCAAUUUUUUGCUGCAAAUCUUCUCGACUCGUUCUUGACUGAGAAUCCAGGCAUGUUGUUUGAAAUUGGUCGCAACAUUUGCUUUCAGAUGAACAGUUCCGAAAAGGAUAUCAAGGACGAAGCAUCCGAGUUGUGCAUCAAGACUCUGUCCAUGGCACUCCCAAUCAUGAAAGAAAAGCCAGAUUUGUGCUUUGCCAAGGAGGAAGAAAGAAAUGGACGGGACCCAGUAUAUUGGUUGCUUCAGCGAUUGUCGCAAAUUGCCAAGCCCAAGGGAAGCAAACAUCGGAUGGCCGUCUUCAAGUGUUUUGCAGCCUUUUGUACCUUGCACAGUGCGAUUGUUGCGCCAUAUCUCGAAUUGAUUUUGGAACCAUUGCAUCGAUCCAGUAUUGAAACACGCAACCAGCUGGAGAAUCCCCAUGCUGUUUCUCGAAACCAAACUCCCCAAUCGGAAGCCUUGGAUGUUGAGUCCAACUACGCGACCGAAGUCAUGCAAGUGGUGGAGGAGACUGCCGUAAGCAGCGAGGUAUUAUUGGCCGCCAUGAGUGUUGUGAAGAAGAAGGCCCGAGACAAGAAGGAUGAACGUAAGCUGGCGGUCAAGUUGGAAGCAGCGAACGACCCCAAAGCUGCCGCCGAACGAAAGAUUCGAAAACAAAGCCGUGAAAAGAAUCGAGUGAAGCGCCGUGUUGCGGAACGAAAACAAGAUAGAGGCUCUUUCAAAAAGAGACGCAGUAGAGAUUAG